CAGUGUGGUGCGCAAAGGCGCAGCAUCUUGGGUGGGCGAACGACAACCUUGUGGGUGUCAUUGGAGGGCAGUUCCCUCCCCCACCUCACCAUUCGCGGAUCCUCUUUCUCCUUUUGUCCCACUUUUCUGUUCUCUGCUGGCUCCAAAUUCCGAGAGGACCUUCUGGUUUCUCUUUUUGUAUGUAAGGAAACCAGGACCGAGAAAAUCUCGCUGACUCACCACAUUUGGAGGACAAUCCCGAACAGCUGGAACAGCGUGUCUCCGGAGGGACCCAGGACAGCGGUUCCUCACGUGACAGUCACUCCAGGAGCCAGUUUCAUGGAUCAAAUGAGAAUCCCGAGCCUGCCCCUCCCCACGCCUACUUCCCAGUCCAAGAAGAGAAGGACACCACUGCUAUCCUUCUUUUCCAAGGAGGACGACAGCGUGCGGUACUCGGCCUUUGUCCUCUUUGGGCAGUUGGCCUCGUUUGCUGGGUGGAGGUGGAGGAAAUUUUUCACUCAGCAAGUUAACCAGACCCAAGAUUCCCUCUUAAGCCAUUUGCAGGAUGAAAGUCCUAAGGUUGCCAAGGCUUGCAAAAUGACUGUUCGAGCCUGUGUCCCGUAUAUGAAACCCAGAAAGGAGCCGAGUUUCCAAAGUGAAGAAGAUCGGAAGAACCACAGGCUUUCCCGGCAGCUGAGUCACUGCCAUCCAGAGAUCCUGCUGUUCUUCUAUGCGAAUAAAAUCCUGUAAAGUCUGGAGCAGCAGAGAAAGUGGCCCGUGUGAGUGCCCUGCCCGGGAAUGGAGCUUCCUCUGUUCUGUCUCACAGGAUACCUCUUUGACUCUACAUCAAGUGAUUGUUACAGAAAAGAGGAUGUCACAGAGCAACUGAGGGCAGGAAAGUCACCCUGGAAGUGUAUCUCUGACCCCAAAGUAAAAUUCUAUGCAAUCGCCUGCACACAUGUAUGCACAUGAUUGUGGAGGUCACAUACUGUUCCUCAGUCACCAUGCACCUUUCCAUUGAAACAGGAUCUUUAACUGGCCUGGAGCUGAUUAGACGAGGCUUGGUGGCUGGUGAGCCAUCACUGGGAUUAUAACUGUACUCCAGUGAACCAGCUUUUUUUUUUUUUUUUUUUUUUUUUUUUAAAUG